AACUAGGUGGCAACACCACGUAAGCAGCUGGAAAAGCCAACUCAGCUAAAACCAAAAUCACUUUUAUACACAAAAAAUAACCAGCAGCAGAGGAGUUCCAAUCAAUUUUCAAUACUAAAGUGCGCCCCACACACAAUGCAAAAUGCGGCUGACAAACGAGAACUUGAAACUCCACCCAAUGCUGAGGAAUUUGGCCAUUUUCCUCAGCCUAACAAUCUUCAUUUGUCUUCCAACGACGUGGGCCGCAGAGACGGCGACUCUCUCGGACAAAAGACUGUGCGCUGACCCAAAAUGUGAACAAAUCAUCUCCUUGGGCACCACCAAGAUAAUGUACAACUCUGGCGGCAAGGGACUGAUCUCCUUCAAGAUCAACACCCCAGUGCGCAUCUUGUCCAAAAGUGCUGGCACGAAUAAGCAGCUCUGGGGCGUGGAUAUCGGCGGACGUCGUGGCUAUGCUAACAAGGAUUUCAUAUUGGAGAACAGGAUCAUGAUAACCGAGAAGGAUUUAAAGUAUGAAGUGCCAGUGGUUGGACCUGGUAGUCCACCACCCGCCGUGGAACCUGCUGCCACACCACCAGAAGCUCCGCUGAAGGCGACAGAGGUAGAGCCGGCUGUUCUCAAUGCCUCUGAGUCAGCCGAUGAGUUGGCAACGACUACAACCAGCCCGCUUGAUGUAAAAGAGGAUUCCAUUGUCACGAAAAAGGAUGCGGUGGAUGACCAACAGGUGCCCGAUGUUCCAACGGCGUCAUCUCAAGUCCUGCAGAUGGUAGACGGCACUCAGCUGCCAAUGGAGGCAGUUCCAGCUGUCACAGAGAGGACUCUCGAUCAACAGGUCGUCCCACCCAAACAGAAAUCUCAAACAGCCUCAGCAGCGGUUGACACGAAAGAGCCACAACCGGUGGCCCCAACGAUUCAAUCGAAUGAGUCACAGGAGCAGCAGCAGCAACUAGAGAAAGCAGUCACUGACCAAAAAGAGCCGAAGCCAGCAGUGACGGAGCCUCAAAAGCUACAACAGGUGGAAAUUGAACACAAAGACCCACAGCAGGCGGCAGCAACUGAAGCGGCGUCUGCUCCCAAGAUGUCGGAGCCAGAGCCAGUGACAGUGCCACCGGUGGCCAUCAACGCUGAUAUUGACGACGACUCUGAUGAUUUCGAUUACGAGGAGGACGACGACAAAGAAGUCGAUCAGUAUGAUGAACUGAAAAUAGAUAGCAAAGAUAACGAAACAAUGAACGAAGUGGCAGACGAUAAAAAGCCAAUUAAUGAUAGUGAAACAACCGAAUUUAAGACAAAUUUGGUUGAGCAAACGAUAGAUGGACCCAGUAGUGUAGAGAAACCAAACGAAGAAGUACCCAAAACUGAAGAGCAAAUAGUGGAGGCACAGGCGGCAGCACCCGCAGCGGAGCAGGAGAAUAAGCAGCCGAUUCCAUCUACCCCUCAAAACAUUGUGCCUGCCACGGAAGCGCCAAAGAAUGCCACAACUGAAGGUCAGCUGGAGGAGAUAGUUGCAACAAAGCAGGUGCCUGAAACAACGACUCCAUUAGUGGAGGAGGUAACCGAAAAGGUAGAAGUGCCAACGAUUGAAACGAUUGAAGAAACCUCCAAAGAAAAUGUCGAACAACCAAAAGCAGUAGAGGUCGAACCACCAAAAGCAGCAGAGAUCGAGGAUACCACAGAAUCACAGCCUCUGGUGGCACCCGAGGCCAGCGCCACGACCAGUCCCCCCCUAGAGGAGGUUUCGCAAGUCGCAACAGAGCCUUCAGUUAGCUUGCCGCCACUUUUCGAUAAGCAAAACUUUGCUAAUCCAAACGAGUAUUAUAAAAAAUUGCAAGAACAGCAGGAGGCAGUGCAUCGGCAACCGAGAGAAGCAUCCUUUGAUAAUCCAAAUGAUUAUUACAAACAACAGCAAGAGCAGCAGCAGCAGGAGAAAGUGGAAGAACAACAGCAGCAGCAGGAGAAAGUUGAAGAGCAACUGAAACAGCAGCAGGAGAAAGUGGAGGAGCAGCAGCCACAGGAACAGCCUGAGCAAACUACACCCACACCCUCCUACGCAGCACCCUAUGCAGCUGUGGAUGAUGAGCCCACGGCAGCACCAACUAGCGAGGAGAUAUCCACGGAGAACGGUGGAGUUGGUUCGGUGGAACCAUUGGCCCUGCCCUCGACAGCAAUUCCAGCCUCAGAGGCUUCCAUAAGUCCCAUAAAAGAGGAUGGCGUGGGUGGUGGUGGGGGUCUCUUUGCGACCAUUGUCGAUACUGUCAACACAUUCAUCUCUAGUCAGGGAUCCAAUUCGAAGGAGAAUGUGCCAUCGGAAAAGAGCAGCGAUGAACUGCAACGAAUUCUGUAUCCGGGCAUGGGUGAAAAGCCAUUUAAAGAAGUUCAACCUGCCGAUGUCGAUGGCCAGUGUGUCCGGUACCAGGCCAACGAUAAUGAUGAUGAACAUUGCCAUCGCACGAUUUCGCUGGACAACUUUGCAGAGGUGCUGGCGGGGAAGGUAGUGGAUCACAGCCAGCUGCUGUUGUGCGUGGUCAUUGCGGCCGCUUCUUCGCUGUUCUUCAUCUUCGGGUACUACUGCUUCUGCAACAGCAGCAAAGAGGGAGCUCUGCUCUCGAAACUGAACCAGUUGGAGCGCAGCCUGCUGACAUCGCACAAGGAGAAUCUCAUCAUAAAGAACGACCUGAUGACCACACGCACCAAACUGGCCAGCAUUGAGGACAACUCCUUUGGGUCAAAUGACAUGGUGGUGGCACUCAAGAAGCAGCUGGAGAUUGAGUUGUACGAGAAGGGAAAGCUGCAGGAGCAGGUUGUCUCCCUGGAAAGGGAUGUGGACAAUGCCGCGGAGGCUGGGCUAGAGCUGAACAAAAUGCUAUCAGAGGUGUUGGGCAACCAGAGUGGCGAUGAUGCCUUCAUGAGCACCGUUGAGGACCUGCAGCGACAGCUAAACGAUCAGGAAAAAAUCAUUGUUGACAUCAACUCGAGCCUCGCGGAGAAGAGCCGAGAGAAUAGUGAGCUGCAAUACACGUACACCGAGUCCACGGCGCGUCUGACGAGCGAACUGAAUUCGCUGCAGGAGGAUAACUACGAGCUGGAUAUCGAAAAGUCCAAGCUGAAGACGCGGCUCGAGGAAAUCCAAGCCGAGAACGAGCAAGAACUGGCCAAGGCCCUGGAGGCUCGCAACUUUGAGAUGCAGCGUCUGCAGAACCAGAUCCUCGAUCUAACCACCAAGUGGGAGAAGGAGCACAGCGAUCUGCAGACCAGUCUGGCCAAGAUCGAAGCUCUCGAGGACUGCCUGAAGUCUGUGAAGAAGGAUGGCAACCUGAAUGUGAACGAGCUAAUAAGCUCGGCCAAGACGCGCGGCGAGCUGAACGCGUCCCAGAAGAAGUUUGCCGAUCUGCAGGCGAAGCUGGAGCAGGAGCAGGUCCACAAGGGACGGCUGGAGAGUCUGCUGAGGCAGUCCAAUGUCGAUGUGGAGCAGCUGAAGCAGGACUUCAAUCAGUCGGAGCGCGACAAGCUGGAGGCGCAGACGCGUCUCGAAGUGCUCUCUGGAUACUUUCGGGAAAAGGAAAACGAACUUAAAACGGAACUCAGCUUGCAGGAGACCAAGUGGAUGCAGCAUCAGGGCGAGAAUACCAGCACCGUGGAGACCCAGACGCUGAUGAAGAACGAAAUUCAGACGCUCAAAUCUCAAAACGAUGAGCUGCGCGCGGAGAUCGAGGCACAGAUUGCCUCACACAAGGCCCAGAUGGGCACACUGGAGAAUCGGGCGCACGAGUCCUGGCUGGCGGCGCGUCAGUCGGAGCGACGCUGUGAGGAGGCGCUGGCUGAGGCCGCCGGCCUGCGACGCAAGCUAACCACCAUGGCCGCCAGUGGUGAUGCAGCGGCUGUAGACUCCGUCUCCUUCUCGAAUGGAGGAGAAUCGAAGGCAACAACAGCUCCCUCGCCGCUGCCGCUGCCUUUGCCGGGCUCGCCAUUACUAAACAUGCCAAAUCCACUGCCAUUCCUGGCGGCUCCCUUCUCACCAUUUAUGGGCCUGCCGCCGCCAUUCCUGCCGCCAGCAGCCGCUGGUGGAGCACGGCCACCGCCGCUUGGUCGCAUGCGUUCCCCGCCACCGGGUACGUCUGCAUCCCGCGGCCACCGUGAUCGGGACCGUGAACGGUACUUGGACUACAGCGACUACGAUGACUACGACGACGAUGAGGAGGAUGAUCGCCGCCGCCGGCAUAGUGGCAGCUGGGGUCGGGGACGACGCGACUCCUACACGAACUCGCCUCGCACAUAUCGCUCGCUCUCCCCCUCGGACAGUCGGUACAACUACCGGCACGACACAGAGACGGACUACAGUCCGCCGCCCAGUCCGCGUCCGAUGGCGUCAGGACACCGCAACGGUCCGGGACCGGGAGCGGGGGCUGGAUCGCGGACCUACAGGGAAGUAUGAGAGAUGCGGUUUUUUGUACUUCACGGCGGGGUGUUCCGACCAAAUCCUACCAUCCUACCAAGUAUAUUAUGUACGAGUAGUUGCUUAAACUCAAAACUAGUUCAAAUAUAUUUAUUAAUCAACGACUAUCGAAAAGUGGGGGCUGCGCUACUGGCUCUGGCUCCCGCAGCGAACCCGAAAGCGAACCCGAAUCCACAAAACGAUCUUGAGGAGAAACAACAACAGCAAUUUCCUGCCUCAGUGGUGAAUAAUAUCCGGAGAAAAUUCAAGCAAAUUAAACAGAAUGACAAAAUCCA